AUGGCUUUUUCUAUUAGCCUUGUCUUUUUGUCAAGCUGGACAGCUGUAGCUCUUACAUUCCCUCACAAUGCUUUUGACAACAUUAUUAAAGGGUCAAGAGUCGAAUUUGAAUCAUCUGGCAGCGGACCGAGUGAACCUGUCCGGGGAAUAGUGAGGGUUGUGCAGCUGGACCCUCGUACCCUGGCCCAGUCAGGGUUCCUGAGAGCGGGGCUCACAUCCAGAAGAGUCCCUUCCCUCAACUCCAGGCUCUCCUUCCCUGCUUUCCUGUCUCACGGGCGUCCAGGGCUGGCCCCGGCUUCCAAGACCUCAAUGAGUCCGUUACACCUCCUGCAACCUAAAGGCCACACUCAGAUGGAACUGAAGAAGAGACAAGGCCUGCAGAUGUGGCAGAGAGCCGUCCAUAAAGGAGACAAGAUAACUCUGCCAGUCAACCUGAAGGACACCAAACAGACAUGCACUGCAGUCCCUUUCACUCAGCGUGUGACGGCAGACGAAUGCGACACGGUGACGGUGCACAACAGGCUGUGUUUCGGCCAGUGCAGCUCGCUGUUCGUCCCAUCCGUCGGGGAGUUUUCCGGGCUGGGAACUGUGACAGGGGCCCUCCACCACCGGGCCCCCUGCUCCCGCUGCUCCCCGUCCAAAGUUCAUAAUGUGGCUGUGCCCCUGCGCUGUGGAGCCCAGGUCCGGCUGAAGCAGGUGAUGGUGGUGGAGGAGUGCAAGUGUGAGACGGGUCGAGAGGAAAAAAGUGCUGAGGCUUCAGCUCUCGCACAUCUUUAA